AUGCCUCGAGGUCCAGGUCGUGGAAUGUCUCAAGGUCUAGGCCGUGGUGCACCUGGAGGUCCUUUCCGUGGAAUGCCUGAAGGCCUUGGCCGUGGCAUGCCUCAGGGUCGAGGUCGUGGAAUGCCUCAAGGUCGAGGUCGAGGAGGUCCAAGUCGAGGAAUGACUCGUAGAGGGAAUGUACCACCGACGAGUCCAGGAAGUGAGUUUUCAUUGCUUAUAAGUCCAUUUAUCUAA